GAUGUCGCUGAUGAAGUUUGGACAAGGUACAAAAAGCGUAACGACUCCGUGAUUGUUGACUUAUUUUACGGUAUGCUCAAAUUGACGGUCGUCUGUCCUGCCUGCAAGUACACAUUUCGAGCCUUCGAUCCUUUCGCCUCACUCAGCCUCCCCCUCGACGUCGUCCUCACUAAUGCGCUCAUCUGGUCAUGCGAUGACGAUUUCCAACGUAUAUGGUGUACUAUUUACGUAUCUCCUCGUUGCUCACUCGAGAACCUCCUGUAUUAUUUUAACUUGGCUCGGAAACCAAAUAAUGGCUUCAAGUACGUGAUUGCUGAAAUCAAUGGACGCCGUGUGCGAAUACUUAAACCGAACGAAAUACUAAAUUUUAGGACCGAAGACUAUAUACUUUACGCCUUUGAGGUUCCCGAUGUAUGGGAAGGAAAUGUCGAAAUGACAACAAGAUUUACAAAUAGAUCGGAUUCAGAACGUCCUGAGGACUUGUGCUACAAGGUCAUUACAGUUAUCAAUACACACCUACGUUAUGAGCGAUUCAACAAAAAGGCCAAAGUUUCAGGUAGUCAGGAAGCUUUUUCUGACGUCUAA